CUCUCACUCAGCGUCAGUUACGCAAGUCUGGAAACCCCAAUUGCGCUCUGUUAUUCUGUACGUUACCGGACAGUUUGCUUUAAUAAACAAGAACAGCAGUCAUCACAUACGUCUUGUAAUUAUGAGUGAAUGCGUGAGCUUUACUGAGGGAGAGUUUUAUGAUGUGCAUUUUGAUUCACGUGCAUAUGUUAAGAAUUUCUAUUCUUGCCCUCGCGGUCACUCUGACGAGAAAGAUUUCCUUACUUUCGUUUUAAGAAGCCUUAGCAGAGUUUUCUCAACAGGAGAACAUAAAGGCAAGCUGCUGAUUGAGGUUGGCAGCGGACCAAAUAUCCACAGCGUCUUGAGCGCGUGCGAACAUUACGACGAGAUUGUCUUGUCUGAUUUCGCCGAUAAUAAUCGAAGAGAAAUCGAAAAAUGGUUGAUAAAUCAAGAAGGAUGUGUGGACUGGACACCUAUUUUAAAGCACGUCUGUGAACUGGAUGGUAAAAGCCCGUCUGAUUUGGAGGCUUUACUGAGGCAACGAGUCAAAAAGGUUUUAAAAUGUGAUGUCCGGUUAGAGAAUCCGUUCUAUCCGCACACAUUGGAACCAGCUGACUGUGUCAUUACAUCCCUGUGCCUGGAAGCAGCAUGUAAAGACAUUCAGGCAUACCGUCAGGCUUUACAUGGGCUGACCAAGCUCCUGCGUCCCGGUGGACUUCUCGUCAUGAUAGGUGUUUUGGGUGAAACCUUCUACAAAGUGAAUGAACAGCCCUUUUCCUGUCUUAAAUUGAGUCAGCGUGAUAUUGAGGAAGCACUUAGAGGUGCAGGUUUCUCUAUCCAUGAGUUUAAUAUACUUCCUGCAGAAGACCCAAAAAGCAACUCUGUGUCUGACUUUGAGGCUGUUUUUCAUCUUGUGGCAAACAAAUCUUCUGAAUUACAGACCAAAUAGAGAAACUAACAAAACAAAAUCAGCGAAGCAUGCUAAAUUACAUUAUUAAGUGGCAAUCAAGGUUUUCCUGGAUCGAAAAUGGUUUUAGGUGGUGGCGACAAACGAAAAAAGUAGGGUAACAGUUACCCACCCAUAUGAAUUGCAAGCUGAAAGAUCUUUAACUAUUUAAUAUAAAUGCCACCAGUAAAAGUAGAUAUUAUAUCAGUAUCAAAAAGUAAAAUAAUUUAUCACAUUUUUGUUUAUUUUAACUAACAGACUAAUUUUUACCAUAUAGAGGGUAUGCAUGUGACGUCACCUUUGGCAAAAGUGCCUGCGGUUACGCCCACUGAGUGGCAAAAGAAAGCGCGGCAGCAUUUGAGUACAGUGUGAAGUCAGCGAAAACAUGGGGAAAACACAUCUAAAUGGGAAAAAGCUGUUGUGCGAUAGACUGUACUAACAGAUUAAAAAGAAUUUGGAGCUAUUGUUUUACUGGGUUGACAAGUUGCUAGGGUCACUAUCAAGCAGAGGUUUUACUUUCUACUUUUUUUUCAAGUAUUAGUAUUUUAUUUGUGUUUUUCUUUGGAAAACAUACAUUACAAAGCAUAUUAUCAUCAUUUUUACUCUAUUACAUUUCAUAAAUAAUACGUUUUUGUUUAACAUUAACUAUUUAAGUACAUUAGCAUACUUUUACUCAAGUAAAAGUACACAAUUUUAAUGUAAUUAGGAAUUAAAUAAAUUUUAAUAUGCAAUAUUAAAGAAUACACAGCAUGAUUCGCUGGUUACG